CUAUUAUGCGGAUGUCUCCAUCAGCCAUCUACGCUACUCCCCAGAUCUGCGGCAAGUAACGCCCUCCCCUCAUGUCUGGAGGAAAGACAGGUUGAGGAAGAUGUGCUGCGCACCACCGCCUCCCCGAUUCGGCCGGCCCCCUCUGCUCUCGUUCUCCGCCUUUCUUCGGCCUGCUGACUGACAAUCAAGGCAGCUCUUAUCUAGUUACUACUGAGUUGGUCCCUACGGAGUCCAGGUACUCACUCCAUGGUCCAUACACUACCGACUGGCUGUGAAACCACCGUUUCUUUACCCCCCUUGCCUGCCCUUCCCUCUUGCUCCAAUUGCUUCCGCAUCCUUCCCUCCUCCUCCUCUGUCUCUUCUCUUGUUCUCUAUCCCUUCGGCUCUCUCGUCAUAGUGUGACUCUCCACGGAUCCGAUCGCCCAGGAUGCCGCAAUCCCAACCACCAUGUAUCCAUUACUGAUGCCCGAUCUUCGUCGCCGACUUUCGGCUUCCCAAAAACGUGUCUAUUCCGCCCGACCAUUCUGGGCAUGUCUGCUGGCUUUCUCCUGCCUGGCCGCUCUCAGCUGGGCUUCCGGACGUCUGGAUCAUGGUGCUACCGCUCCACUGGCUCGGCCAGCCGGGCAGGUCUCGGUUGAGUCGGUCAGCGGCGUCCAUGGUCUUCUUAGACGGGACAACGCUGUGGAGUGCCGUCUAGUCCGUCAAGCCAAAGAUCAAUGUGCCUUCGUCCUCUCGAAUUGCGCAGAUCACGAGGAUGGUCUCUUCUCGUAUCUCCAGUUCUACUACUGUACUGCCGCAAAUGUCAAACCAAUCGGAUUCAUUGUCAUCGUCCUGUGGUUAUCGCUACUCUUUAGCACCAUUGGAAUCGCUGCUAGUGAUUUUCUCUGUGUUGAUCUGAGCACCUUGGCCAGCGUUCUCGGUUUGAGCGAAAGCUUAACUGGGGUCACCUUUCUCGCGUUCGGGAAUGGGAGCCCGGAUGUAUUUUCUACCUUCGCCGCCAUGCGGUCCAACAGUGGUAGUCUGGCUAUCGGAGAGCUGCUCGGAGCGGCAAGUUUCAUAACAUCCGUCGUUGCUGGCUCGAUGGCGCUGGUCCGCCCAUUCAAGGUCGCCCGGAGAAGUUUUGUUCGUGACGUGGGAUAUUUCGUCUUAGCUGUCGCCUUUAGCAUGUUCCUAGUGGGGGAUGGCCGCCUCCAUGUCUGGGAGUCGGCCAUGAUGGUAGCCCUCUAUUGUUUCUACGUCGUGUUGGUGGUGACAUGGCAUUGGUAUUUGACUCGACAGCGUCGCGCAUACGAGCGGAAUAUAGCCGCCCGAUCUCACUUCCACAUUCCGGACAACCAGGAGCUUGAUCUUGAGGAAGAGGAAGACGACGACCCCGGGGUCGCAUCGGAGGCUACAAGUCUCCUUCGCGGCGAGGAUUUUGACGCUCUCGAGAGGUCCGGUAUGCCAGCUUGGCAGGAAGGGGAGGAAGACGACGAAACCCGCAAUCGGUAUCUCGCCGAAAUUCGCGACAACAUGCAUAUUUAUCGCCCUUCCACUCGCAGGCGCAAUACGUUGAACCCCAUCAGGCCCAGUCUCGUGGGCGCUCUAGAAUUCCAAUCGGUACUGUCCUCUCUCCAGAGGUCGAGGAAUUUCCAUCAUCAUCAUGAGCCAAUCGACCUCGCGAGGUGCUCCGAUGACGAACGGUCGCCUUCUCAUUCGCAACAGUCGGACAAUACCUCGGUCAUGUCCCAUCCGUGUGCCGGCCGUGCCUCUGCGGGUGACCGCUUAUCGCCCAAUCGAGCCAUCGGUUCUCUUCGCACUCGAGCGGUGUCUGCCAAUGCUGCCACGGAUCUGAUAUUAGAUACGAGCAUGUUCGCUCCCAACUUCCAACAGCCCCGCGUCACUGUUAGCCGACCCUCUGCCGACACUCAUACCUCGGGAACGACGGGCGCCUUGCCGUCUGACCAAGGCCCAGCACCAAACCUAUCGCCUCAACUGGCCCCGUCCCGAACAGCGAGUCCUCAGUCAAGCACGCGUCUCCAGAGCCCUAACCUGCUUGCGCCUCCGGAUGCUUUCCACUCUCCAACCUAUCAGGUGACAAGUUCGCGCCCUCGUUCCCCUCUUCCGCUAUCUCCCCGCGAGACAUCCCGCUCCCCUCGUCUUGCCGAGACCUUUCCAGAGAGCCCGAUCAGCCCAUUCCCGCUCUUUCAAGAUGCAGCAAGCCCUGCUUCCUCUAAGGCACCGAGCUUACGCCUCCCAGCCGCUUCCAGCCCCACGGAGCUGCUACAGAUUCAUGAUAGCGUCGUCGAUGGUGGAAGUAAUCGGACGGCAACGCCGACGUGGUGGCCAACUCUAGCGCUCACUUCUCAGCCGAUCCUCCCAACCCUAUUUCCGACAUUAGCUGGCUGGAAAUCGAAGUCAUUCUUGGAAAGGCUACUGGGAAUUGUUGCAGCCCCCAGUGUGCUACUCCUGACAAUCACUCUUCCUGUGGUUGAACCUGUGCCACUUGACACUGGUGCAAAUGCUGUCUCCGUCAUCGUGACUUCAGCAGACGGUGAACAUGCGCCAUCACCUGCGGUAAGACUGCCAGAGGAUAGCCCGCUUCUUCGUGCCCUCGAUCCCGAGUCCGUUAUACAAAGCCCAGUAGAGCAAAAUGGCAAGCCUCAACCGGGACCUAGACAUUCUCGUUUCGAUUCCGAGUUACCAGCCAUCCAAACAAACAUGGACUCCCCCUCGCCAUCUUCACGAGAAUGGUGCGUUUGGCUAAUCUGGACACAACUUUUUAUGGGCCCCUUCUUCGUGGCUUUGAUGUACUGGACGACUGUGGACUCUGAGUUGGAUGCCCGGAAUCUUCUAUUGCCCUCAAUGGCCUCCCUUCUCUUUUCCUUGAUGUCCAUCACUUGUCUGAUGAUCAGCACGCGACACGACCUAUCCUCGCAGCCUCCAAGUGCCUGGCGUCCGGUUUUGGCUUUCCUAGGCUUUAUUGUCGCGAUCUGCUGGAUAGCAACCAUUGCCACGGAGGUGGUCAACCUCCUCAAGACCCUGGGUGUCAUCUUGAACAUCAGCGACUCGCUUCUGGGCCUGACAGUGUUUGCCGUGGGAAACUCCUUGGGCGACCUGGUUGCGGAUAUUACAGUCGCACGCCUAGGUUAUCCUGUCAUGGCUCUGAGUGCCUGUUUCGGAGGACCCAUGCUCAAUAUUCUUCUCGGUAUUGGCCUGGGCGGGCUCUAUAUGACCGUGAACGCAAAACCAGAAGCAGUAGCCAGGACUGGCGGUUCGUACGAGAUCGAACUUUCCAAGGUCCUCGUUAUCAGCGGUGCUACGUUAUUGGUCACCUUGAUCGGCUUGUUAAUCGUGGUUCCCUUGAACAAUUGGAGAAUGGAUCAGAAGAUUGGUUGGGGCCUGGUCAUCCUUUGGGUCAUCAGCACGAUUGGCAAUGUCCUUGCCGAACUUCUGAUCUAAACCAAGGGCCUACUGCCUUUCGUUGCUCUGGAGUUCCGACGUGCUCUUACUUCAGUGUUGCCUGCGGGCGUUUUCCUACGUACCCUUCAGUCGCGUUAUACAUAUGUGUGCGUAUAAAUAUGUGUAUGUAAAUUAUGAUGUUUUGGAUUUACGAAUGAAGUGACCAUCUUACGAGACGAAA